AUGCCGAAUUCCGAUAACGAUGAAGCAGCCGACGAGCAUUUGCCAAAAAACUAUCAAGAUUUUCCGGACGGCAGCUUGUUGCGCGUGAUAUUUCAUAAUUUUUUGUAAGUUUCAAGUGUAAAACGGGCUAAAUUUGCAUUUCAGAACCUACGAGCACACUUCGUUCGUGCCGACCGCCAGUCUGAACAUGAUUCUCGGCCACAACGGCAGCGGCAAGUCGUCGAUCAUCUGCGGAAUCUGUCUGGCGUGCGGCGGAAGCCCCAAGUCGCUGGGCAGAUCGGAGAAGAUUCAGGAGUACGUGCGUCACGGAUGCCAGGAGGGAUACGUCGAGAUUGCCAUGUAAAACUGCGAAAUUCUUGAAAAAUCUGCGAUUUUUUCUGAUUUUAGUGCCGACCAGAAAGAAGGACCUCAAACUGUCCGUCUAACAAUUCGUGCGGGAAAGGCUCCGGAAUAUCGGCUCAAUAAUCAGGUUACGACCCAGGCGGAGUUGAGUAAUCUCAGAAAAACACUAUAACAUUCAAGUAAGUCUAAAAAAACACGGUCUCCAGAGCUGACAAUAUGGGCGUGGCCUCUGCCAAGUGGCGUUUUUCCUGGCGCUGUAAGCUGUGGAGACCGUGGAAAACAGAGAAGUAUUCAAUAUCAACAAUUCAGAUCGACAAUCCAUGCGCGUUUCUGGCUCAGGAUAAAGUGAAGAGUUUCUCGGAGCAAUCGGCGAUCGAAUUGCUGCGAAAUACGGAGAAGGCGGCGUCGGAGGACCUUUCCGUGGAGCACGAGGCGCUCAUGGAGCAACGGCAUGAUUCGACGACCAUCGAGGACAAGUGCGCGACUUCCGAAAAGGCGGUGAAGAAUCUGGAGAACGAGAUUCAUAAACUGGAGCCGUUUGUGGAGAACUACCGAAAAAAGUUGGCGCUGCAGACGAAAUUGCGACUUUUGGAGAAGAAAAUGAAGAUUCUGGAGUUUGAGAAAGCGGAAAAAGAGUUCGGAGUGGAGUGCGAGAACGCGAGGGCCGCCACGCAAGAAUACGAUCAGGUCAAGGCGGACAUCGACGAGUGCGCACGGAAAAACCAAUGGAUUCCAGAUGCUCAUCGAGGAGAAGACGACCGUCGUUCGCACAUUGGUUAGACUACUGAAAACAUUUUUAGAUUUGUCGAAAAUUCAUCGCUGCUAAAACCUCUUUUUUUCAGCGUCAAAGCGCCGAAGAACUGAUGAAGAGAAUGGAUGACACAGUGGACAAGAGAUCGAUGGAAAUCCGAAUGGAAAGUGCGAUUGAGAAGAUGGAAUCGAUCAAAAAAGCUUUCAAACGACACGACCGCGACAUGGCGAAGGCACAAGAGACAUUGGAGGCGACGCAGGAAAAACAUCGACAGGCACUGGAGGAUAUGGAAGGAUUCGAGGAGUGGAACGAGAAGUUCAAACUGACGGAGGCGCGUCUCAACAAUAUAGAGGCGGACUUCCGCAGGAAGCAGGACAAGAUCCGCGAAGAGUCUUAUCAGCACGAGGCCAGAGUCAGAAGUACUCGAGUUAUUGAAUAUUGAUAGUAAUAAAGUGCACUUUCAGAGGAGAGAGAAGCGAUUUCCGAUGCGAACAGCAUCCUUCGCGACCGUAUUCGCGUACUUCAGGGUCUCGACGGAAAUGCGUAUAAAGCGUAUGAGUAUUACAUGAAGAACAGGCCACAGUUCGACGCGGACAUCUAUGUUCCGAUUAUUGAUGUGAGAGAUCUUCCAGAUUUACAGUUUUCGACAGUAACCGAUAAGCUCCGCCUCUUUGGGCAGUCGUUCGAAAAAAUGUCAAAUUUUUACGAUUUUUUAUUCGAUUCCGAUUGGAGACAGGUUACAUUCGACAACUGGGAGGACCGCGCAAAAAGGAACUGUAUCUCCAACCUCUACCCCGUUUCAGAUCACCCUAAAGACCCCGACCGCUGCAAAAAUCCUGGAGAACAGUGUCGGAAUGCGUGAUCGGACAAUGUUCGUGUGCCAGACGAAGGCCGACGAGCAGCGAAUGCACGCGAACAACGGAAUCAACACGACGGUCUUGCCGCCCGAAAAAGUCCACCGCGAGGACAUAGAAGCCCGCUCGCCGCCCGCGAUGAAAAGGAUCGGAUUCGAGAUGCUCGCCGCCGAAUGCUUCGACGCGCCCGACCCUCUCAAGCAGUUUCUGAUCAACGUGUCCGGGCUCGGCCGCAUUCUCGUUGGAAAUCAACAAGUGGACAGGAAUAUGGAGGCCGUCUCCAGGGCCGUUGAGAACACACCCUACGGAGUGUUUUUGACGCCCACCAUGAGGGUAACAACUUUCGACAUUUACGGGAAACUCAAAUUUAGAUUUGUUUAUGCAAUUUCCCAGAAAACAAGUUUUACGACAGCCAGGCCCCUUUUUUCCACUUCCCACCGUUUUUAUUUCAGUGCCAAGUGUCAAAGUCCAAGUAUUCGGGACAAUCGUCGCACAUGCAAACGCUGCUCCGCGACGCGUACACGUUCCGCGAUCCGUGCUACCGAAAAGCGCCGCAAGCAAAACGGAACGUUCAGCAACAGCAGCAGGCGAUGGAGCAAUUGCGACAGGCGGAGCAGAUGAUGCAGCAGAAACAGGCACAGCUCCGCGAGAAGAUACAGGCGGUGCAGAGGGAGAGGGACGUCGUCCGGAACGAGUGCUCCGAGUGGAGAUCUAAACGGCAUCUCGUGGGCACGUGGCAGGCGGACGUGAAGCUCGCCGAGGAAAAUUUGAAACGGCUCGAGGAGCAGAACAUCGACGUGGACGCGGCGGAGCAGGAAUUCGAGGAGACGAGGGCGAAUGCCAUUGAGCAGACGCUGGACAUGUUCCGGAAAGCUGUCAAAUGGCAGGUCAGCACAGAAAUUGGAAAAAAAACUCUGAAGGCUUCUUUGGAUUGGCUUGAGGUUUCUUGGGACCAAUUUUCAGACAGAUCGGACUAUCCGUAUAUGUGGAUCAGAGGCCGAGAAUAUCGCAAUUUUAGCAAAACCCCGGCAUAUAUCUCAGCUGCCAGUAGAGAUAUCAAAAGGUAGUCUGAGCGAUAUAGGAGUGCACUUCUAUUACGGUAUUUACGGUAUACUGGUUUGGAGACGAGGAGUUUUGUAAAAAUUGCGACCUUUUCGGCUGUCUCUGAUCCACAUAUCUCGGGACCAGAUCCCAAUACAUCUCGAUCUAAGUUUAAGAAGCCUGGAAUAGUGUAACCUCGGCAGACCAUCAUACAAAUAAUAACUUCAGAAAGCCUACUUGGAAAAUUACGAGGAGGUUGGACGUCACACGUUCAUCGAAAUGAUCUGCAAGAACAAGGUGAGAAUGAUGAAACUGGAGGAGGAGGACCUGCGAAAGAAGCUCAACGAACUGAGCCACACGAAGCGAGAGGCGGAGGCGAACGUGAAAAGCGCGCUGAACAGAAAGAGAGCGGCGGCGGAGGCCAUGUCGAAGACGUGCCAGCUGAAACAUCUGAAGGAGAAGGACAUGGACGCGGCGGAGAAGCGAAUCUUCGAGAAGCUGAGCAAACUGUUCGAGGAGGGAGGCGUUCCUGAAAAUCUGGACGCGCUGGAGCUCGAGAUCUCUUCGGAACAGGCACGUCUCCGACUGGCCGAGGAUCAGGGAGAGGACGGCGGAAUCGAGCACGAGCAUCAGAUGGAAAAGUUAAAGUUGGACUUCGUCGAGGAGCAAUCGCGCCAUGAAAAACUCGUGGAGAACCGUCGAGUUCUGCAUGAGGAACUCGGAACGAACAUUGAGAAUUGGAGGGAGAAGGUGGAGGAGAUGAUCGAUCACAUCAACGAGAACUACGUCAAAUACUUUGGCGAGCUCGGAUGUCGCGGAGAAGUCGGACUGGAGACGCCCGAGAAUCUGGUGAGCAAUGAGGGGAGGCAUCAGAAAUAAUAAGUCAUUUUCAGUUAGACAUUGCCAAGUACGGCAUCAUGAUUAGUGUUUCGUUCCGAGCUGGAGAGAAAAUGAAGAGACUCGAUAAUAAGGUUCGUUUUUCUCGAUUUCUCCCACAAAAUGGUCAUUUUCAGGUGCAAUCGGGCGGAGAACGCAGUGUCGCCACUAUGCUCUACCUGCUCGCCCUCCAACAACUGUGCCCGGUGCCUUUCCGAUGCAUCGACGAGAUCAAUCAGGGAAUGGAUCCGACGAACGAGCGAAAAGUGUUCGAUAUUAUGGUCGGACUGUGGAACGGCAGUCAGGGAGCACUCACGAAGACCCAGUACUUCUUGUGAGAUAUCUUUUUUUUAGAUUAUCAAUGAAUUCUGCGUGUUUAGGCUGUCUCCGAAGCUUCUUCACGGUCUGGAUAUGCGCGAGAACGUGAAUGUGGUCAUGGUGAACAGUACGCUCACGACUUCUCACGGAGAAGUACGGAAAAUGCUAUUUUUCUAGCACUUUUUUCUCAAAGCCACUUUUUACAGAUCUACGACACCGAAUCGAAGCUCGCGGCGUCGCUGUCCCGUCUUCAAACCCGCGCCUAA